AUGGACUUGAGGGUCAAGAUUCUAGGCAAAGGGCAGCGACAGAGACGGGGGCGCCACUCGGCACCUUUCCCCUUCGGGCACCUCAGGCCCCAGGAGGACGAGGCGCAGGAUGUUGAGAAGCCAAACAGCGGGGGGCGAGAAAAGCCACGUGGAAGGGCAGAGCUCAGUUUGACGAUCCCCAUUGUAAGGGCUCUGCAGCCACGUGAGAACACAGCUCCUUCCGCCCGGUUUCUGGUCUUGCCACAGUCGCCCCUCUCCCAGGCGGUACAUCCAUGCCCCUGUGGGCUUGUCUCCCCCACAGACAUCACCCUGCAGGUCCUCACAGACCUUGUCCAGUCCGCCAGAAGCCGGACCAUGAGCAUCCUCCAUCCGUCCUUCAACAUAGUCAGGUCCCUCCGAGAAGCCCUCCACAGACACCUCCCGGACAACGUCCACCAGCUCAUCUCAGGCAAAAUGUGCAUCUCGCUGACCCGAGUGUCCGACUGGGAGAACGUCCUGGUGUCCGAGUUCCAGUCCAAAGACGAUGUUGUGGACGCCUUGAUCUGUACCUCCUUCAUCCCUUACUUCUGUGGCUUAAUCCCUCCGACCUUCAGAGGCGUGCGGUACGUGGAUGGAGGGUUUACUAACAGUGUACCCUGCUUUGAUGACAAAACGACCAUCACUGAGUCCCCGUUCCUUGGGGAGCAUGACAGCUGUCCUGAGGUCAAGUCCACUAACUUCCUGUAUAUGGACGUGUCCAAGAUGAGUCUCCACUUCUGCUUAGAGAACGUCCAGCUGAUAAGGCAGAUGGUGUUCCCCCCGGAUGGCAAGGUGAGUGGGGCUGUUUGUUCAACUCUGUGCUCCUGGGGACCCACUAGUGUGGUUCACUACACAGACAACCCACAGCAGACCCCUCAGGGAAUAGGUGCCCCACUCUGAUUUUGAGAAUCAUCUGGGGACAUUUAAACUGUGUGCUGCCCAAAGCGUAGCAGAUCUACCUAAUACACGGUCACAAACCCAAGCAGGCACCCUGAAUGGAGAGAUGAAAAAACAACCCCCAAUGAAAGAACAAGAGAAUUCUCCAAUAGCAGAGAU